AAAUUUUUCGACCUGGUAAAAAUAGUCUGUCAAAGGUUAAAGUAUAAUAUAUCUCCAUCCAUCAUGUAACCGACGGUUACGAUCAAUUUCGCUGUUUUGCAUAAUUCACUUUUAUGCAUACUAAAAGAUUUCAAAAGUUCAAGAUACUUUUCCAGUUCAGAGCCGAUCGUUUAAUAAAGAGCACCUGUCUUUUUUCAAAUUCUUGGUAGGAUUUUGAAUUUGAAAUUGGAAUUUCUCGUUUAAGUGUAGAGAGUUCUGUCUCUGUUUCCAUGAAAGAUGUACACAGCAUGAAUAAUUAAAUAAAGACAACCGUUAGCCUCAUUAAUGCCGAAUGUUUAUUUAUUAACGCGUGGAUAAAAAUCGUUCUAGGCCGUCUAAAUAAAUUUACACAUUUACGCAACGACUUUCAAUGAAGUUUAUUUAAAGCGAAAAUAAAACCAAACAUAUGUUUUUUUUUAAUGACCCCCCGGUUUGAAAGAAACGAUAAGAAAUGUUCCUCGGGGAUGUAGUAGAGACAAAUUCCCAGUACAAGUUCGUUGUGUUGCUGAUAACGGUGAUGCAGAACUCUUCGUCCAGGUUGUGCACAGGGGUGGUCGUCGGAAGGGACAAAGUGCUGACAGCUGCCCACUGUUUCGUCGAGUCGAGAACCGAAGUCUUCUUCGAGAAUUCGGUCAACCUUUACAUCUAUUUGUUCGAAAAGAAAAUGAUGCACAAAAAGGUGAAACGUGUCUACAUCCACCCGUUCUACCUGCCUUCCGUCGAGAACGACGUCGCGGUCGUACAGACGGCCGACAUGCUUGAAAUAGAAUAUCCGCCGAUGGCCAACUCAUCGAGGGGUGAUGCCAAGAAGAACUGCCUCCUCGCGGGCUUCGGCCUGAGGUACCCCGAAGGUCUCAAGGCGAAGAUGGUCCUAGCGACUAUCAAAGCUGACCUGCUACGAUCCAUAGAUUGUGCGAGGAUCACGGAAAAUAUGGAACACGCCAUGUGCCUCCUCGUCGUCCAAGGCGAGUCCGCCCCGUGCGUCGGCGACUCCGGGGGUCCCAUCAUCUGCAACGGGAUGACGACCGGCAUACUCUCCAGAGGGCUCGUGAUCGGCAACGGCUGCGGGAAGGUUGUCUUCGCCGUCAUGAUCUAUGAGGACGUCUACACACACCAAGUCUGGCUUUCUCGCGUCUUAAAAGUAGACGAGGAGGUUCAAAAAUCCAACGCUGAAAGGGAAUCUUGUCAUAUCCUCGCCGUGUUGCUCAUGAUCGUGAUACUAAAUAAACUUUUCCGAGAUUGAA